GGCAAAUCAACUGCAUUUCCAAGGCUGUAUAACAUAUGCUGAUGUGCAUGGGCUGUUCGUAGCAGGUAGGAAAGAAGGAAUAAGUCAAACGUCCGCUUUCAUCUUCUUCUGUAGGACGAUGAGCAAUGGGUUCUCUGGUCUCCAAGCAGAUUCAGAGACGGAUCGAUAUACUGAGGGAGGAGAAAGCUCUGUUCGAUCUAAAUGAGAGCUGCGGUGAUGAAUUCCCGGGUUGUGAUUACCUUCCUUCAGACAGGAAAAAUUGGAUGGCGGGCCUCAACCCGAAAAGGGUCCCAAUCAAUAAGAUUGUCUGGCCAGGAACGCACGAUUCGGCCACCAAUGAGAUUGGAAUCCCCUGUGUGUCCCGGCCUUUCGUGCAAUGUCAGUCUUGGAGCAUAUAUGAUCAGUUGGUUCGGGGAACGCGUGUGCUUGAUAUCCGAGUCCAGGAAGACCAUCGAGUAUGCCACGGGAUAUUGUUGUCGUACAGUGUAGAUCUGGUUAUUGAUGAUAUUAGGAGGUUUUUGUCUGAGACCGAGUAUGAGGUUAUAAUUCUUGAGGUUAGGACAGAGUUUGGUCACAAGGACCCGAAGGACUUUGAUAAGUACUUGGUAGACCAGCUUGGCGAGUAUUUAGUUCACCAGGAUGAGGAUGUCUUCCAGAAGACAAUAGCGGAAUUAUUGCCAAGGAGAGUCAUUUUAGUGUGGAAGCCGAGGAAUUCGGCCCACCCAGAGGCAGGGGGGCCUUUGUGGAGUGAAGGAUACUUGAGGGACGACUGGGUCGAUACCGACUUGCCACUCACAAAAUUCGAGAGCAACAUGAAAUAUCUGAGCGAGCAGAAACUAAUUUCAUUGAGGAACUACUUCUACAGGGUCGAGGACACCCUUACGCCUCAGGCAGACAGCCUGGUAAUGUGUGUGAGACCCGUCACUGAUCAGAUCCGUGGGUUCGGGAGGCUCUUUAUAUCCCAGUGCUUCUUGCGAGGCUUUGCCAAUCGGUUUCAGAUAUUCUCGACAGACUUCGUGGAUGAGGAUUUUAUUGAUGCCUGCAUUGGCCUCACAUAUGCGAGAAUCAAAGGGAAGGCCUCGAAAUGCUGAAGUCCCUGAGAGAGGUGAUUUACGGUCUGUUCUUUUUUUAAUUGUUAUUUAUUACAUGUUAGUUCUCGAUUUGUAUAUACAUAUACAAGGCAUGGUAAGAAGAUGAGAUCAUGUUCAAUACAAGAUGGAAUUAUAAGA